AUGAGCCACGACGGACACGCGAGUCGCACGUCCCUGCGCGCGGGUCCAUGGCAAGCAGGAUACCCGCCCCCACCUGUGCCUAUGUAUGGCGCACCAGCGGCGCCGCCCAAGCAGCUACCUGUCGAGCCUGUCGCGGUCUUAUCGCGACCGCAUGUUUCGCUGCCGCCUGUGUCGGUGCAGCAACCUUUGCUGAUGUCGACCUUUUCGUACGAUGAAAAUAAGAUGUUGCAUCUCGAUGACAGUGCGAAGCGCUGGUAUCGUGUCCCUCCGACGAAAGAGACGAGCGCGCAAGGUGCGGACCUGAACUAUGGAUUCGAGCGUUUCCAGGACAAACCCCAUAUCCCCGACCCGCUUGACUCGGUCCUGUAUACCUUAAUGUAUCGGCCCAGUGCACAGCGGCCCUCCAAAGAACCUGUGAUGCGGGCACCACAGGUACCCGUGGAGGCACUGGAGUCAGAGGUGCUGCGGGCGCAGAUCAUCACAUGGCGGGGCAUUAUGACCAAACUUUGUACAGCCUGGAGCUGUCAUGUACAGGCGCCACCCAUGUUCCGCGAGGGAUUUGAGCUCAACGUGAUGAUGCUGGGCGAUACCCUGAUUAUCGAGGAAGCGCCGCCGACGGUGCAGCAGGUGAUGGCGAUGCAAACCCGACCCAGCAAAUCAAAGCAGGCUCUCCGCUCUACCUACUAUGGAUACAGUUUUGAGUCCUACUGCACGCGCGAUCGGCCAGGCCAUGCGCCGGCCCAGGUGCCAAAUGCGGCGAGUGUGUCGGGAUGGGGCGGCGACGUGAAUACAAACGUACAGUGGUGCCACAUUGUCAAAACUAAGCUGGGAAGCAACCGUAUCAUUAUGGGUGGUGAGGUGGACUGUGUGGAAACGCUGGAUGCUGCGACGGACUCGGAGCGAGAAGGCACAGUAGAGCUAAAGACGAAUCUGCCCGUCGUCACGCCGGAAGAUCAGACGAAACUGGAUAUCAAGAUGUUGCGUAUAUAUAUGCAGUCGUACCUGCUCGGGGUGCGUUCCGUUGUGAUUGGGUUUCGGGACGCCCAGGGGACGCUGCUGUCGCACCAAACGUAUCGGACGGCGGACCUCCCGCGCCUUGUGCGGGGCCGACCCGGCCAGUGGAAUCCGAACGACAACUUGGCCUAUGGUGCGAAUAUUCUUGAUUUCGUGCGGCAGCAGGUGCGGGCAGAGAUGGAGCGAUGGUGUCAUGACUUUGCGCAGCAGGUGCGUGUGAACGAGUCCAAGUGGGGCCCUCGUUUUUGGGGCAUUUGCCGCUGCCGGCGCCGCAAGACGCAGAGCGAGACUACCCCGUAUUCCGCCUGA